AUGGCUGACCAAAUGCAGUUGUUACAUGCUAGCUGGGCAGCUGUUCAUAUAGCUGAUUUCGCUUACGCAGCCGUCAUUGGAGCAAUACCAGUCAGUAUCAAGAUGAACAACGGACUUGAGGUUCCGUCAGGUCUGGCAGCUGUGAUGGGCGAUUGUUCGUUGUUGGCCUUAUGGACGGAAAUAGUUCAUCUUCUAGCUAGUCGUGGUUUUACCAGAGUCGAUCUGGCUGCUUUUCGAUACUUGGCUUUAUUUCACGAGGACGGAGAGUGUCGCGUGGAGAAUCGAGCACUGAUCCGUGCGGCUCGAGAUUCCCUAAUGCGUUGUUGGGGAGAGUAUCGAGGAUCGGAUGUUGCUCUUCUACCCCAAUUCACUGCGUUUCUAAGGAUAAGGCAGGCUCUUAUACAUGCUUCUCUCAUAAACUUACAAAUUACAUAUCAAGUAAAGCACGGCUGA